UGAUGCGGCUCAACACAGCUUUCUCCUGAGCUAGCUAGUCGGAAGUUACUGAAAGCUGAGUGACACUUUAACAGACGAGCUAGCUUAAAGAAAUCUAUAAAGCCCGGAGACCCAACGUCCUCUCCUGUCUGCGCAUCACUCUUCAGACAUCGUUAGCUGUGUUUAUCAUCGUGCUUUUAAUCUUUCGAGAUGUGUGGACAGUCGGGAUGACAAAGGAAGAAGAUGGCAAACGGGGUUGGAAAACACAAGCUGCUUGUGAUUGGACCAACGGAACCGUGGUCAGUGAGGGAGAAGCUAUGCUUGGCCACAUCUGUCAUGAAGAGUGGAGACCAGAACUGGGUAUCCGUCAGUCGGGCCAUCAAACCGUUUGCAGAACCGGGUCGCCCACCGGACUGGUUCUCUCAGAAGCACUGUGCCUCCAAGUACUCCGAGCUGCUGGAAUCAACAGAGGCCCCAAAGAGGAAGCGUGGUGAAAGAGGUGAGGUGGUGGAGACGGUGGAGGAUGUUAUCGUUCGCAGACUGACGGCAGAGAGAAUCGAAGAGCUUAAGAAGCUUAUCAAAGAAACUCAGGAAAACCACAGAAAGCUGAAGAGAGAAGCUGAGCUGAUCCAAGCAGGACACCUGGACUCCAGACUGGAAGAGCUGUGGGAGGAGAUCCUGCAGAAGCAGAAGCUGGAGGAGGAGGAGGCAGAAAUGAAAAGGAAGAAUACAGAUGCUGCUUAUCAGGCCAGACAGGCGGUAAAGAACACGCCAAGGCGGAUCCCCAGCAUCACCAUGAGUUCACCCUCGGCUUGUAGCUCCCCAGGUCAGGAGGUCCCAGCAGGGGACCAGCUGGAGUGUUUGACUCUGGAUCUUCCACCCAUAAAGCCUGCUUCAGGAGCAGCCAGGUUGAUGACAUUCCCCGAAACAUCUGGACCUGCUAAUGAGGACAGCAGCCACGGAGCAGCGGUGGAGGACCCCACUCAGAAGAAGCCCCUGGGUCAGAAAGCUACCCCUCCACCAUCUCCACUCCUGUCAGAGUUACUGAAGAAAGGCAGUAUCUUGGCCACCAAUUCUAGACUGAUUGGAGACGUUGAUGGUUCAUCUGGUAAUCUGACAGGAUCCCAGGAUUUACAGCUGACCUUUCCACCUCAGUCUCAAGCUACAGGUGCCCCGAUGUUGUCCCGUCUCCUGGAGGCAAGUCCCUCCCAGUUUUCCACCCCGUUUGGUUUUAUGGUCGGUGCCGAUUCCGCCUCAGGUGUUUCCGUCUCUGCAGCCACUCCUGCUGCUGUUGACUCUUCCGUUUCAGCCUCUACAGAUGUGACGGCGCUGUCUCAUCCUCCUGAGAGACACCCUGGAUCUACUGAAAACAAGGAAACAGAACUCAGUGAGGAGGACGUGACCGUGCCCUACAUAGGAGACGAACUGGACCUGAAGACAGUUGGAGACAUAAUCGCCAUCAUCGAAGACAAGGCAGAUGAGGCUGCAGAAGCUUUAGAUGCUGCUGCAGUAGAAGCUGCUUUGUCCCUCUGUGAGGAGAACAGCCACACUCUGGCUGGAUCCUGGGGUACCGGGCCCUUCCAGGCCCAAGAGCCUCACCCCACCAUGCCUGCACAGUCCUCAGCUCACCACUGUAGUCUGGAGGCCGGUGCAGAAGCUUCACUUUCCUCUCAAUACAACAGUCAAGACAACAGUAUCUCAGUGUUUCCUGUGGAACUAAGAAGCCUCCCUCCCCCCUCCUCAUCCUCAUGCAACUCAAACACUUUGGAGCAAUGCCACAGUGCAACGCCUCCUCUGUCUGAGGCAGCAAAAGAGACUGGGGAGACAGGGGACACAAGCAAACACAUUUUAAUGGAUGGUAGCACAGAGAGUGAAAAUAAGCCUCAACAAAAAUGUGGAAAAAGCUACAGAGAGUCAGAAUUAGAAGACAAGCCUCCAACAGGCUGGCAGCCCAAGGAGGUAAAGGUGGAGGAGGGAAACAGUGCUGGGGAUGAAGAGGGGGCUUCUGAGACAAAAGCAGACAGGGAGGUCAUCGAUCCAGAUGAAUGUGAGGAGGAAGAAGAAGAAGAGGAGGAGGAAGAUGAAGAAGACGAAGAAGGUGAUGAUGGAGUGGAAGAGUUCUUCUCAGAGCCAGAUGGGGAAGCCGAGCUGGAACCUGCAGCCAGUGAAAGUGAGGACGGAUACAGUCUCCACACGGCGUCCUCGUCUCUGCAACUCCACACCACAGCAGACUCGAUUCCCAGCAGCCCUGCUUCAUCACAAUUUUCUAUGUGCAGCGAGGACCUCGAGGCCCUGCAGGCACACAAGAUCUGGAAGAAGGCCAUAAUGCUCGUGUGGCGUGCUGCUGCCAAUCACAGGUAUGCAAACGUGUUUCUUCAGCCAGUAACAGAUGAAAUUGCACCUGGAUAUCACAGUAUUGUGCACAGGCCCAUGGACCUGGCUACCAUCAAGAAAAAUAUAGAGACCGGUUUGAUUCGGACCACUGCCGAGUUCCAGCGAGACAUCAUGUUGAUGUUUCAGAAUGCGGUCAUGUACAAUGGCCUGGAUCACGACGUGUACCACAUGGCUUUGGAGAUGCAGCGAGAUGUCCUGGAGCAGGUCCAGCAGUUUCUAGCGACCCAGCUCAUCAUGGAGACGUCAGAAUCUGGUAUCAGCGCCAAGAGCCUGAGGGGCCGCGAGGGUGCGCGCAGACAGGACUCUACUGACAAGGACACUGUGUCAAUGUCCUCACCAGCCUUCCUCCUCUCUCUUUUUGAUGGUGGCACCAGAGGGCGCCGCAGUGCCAUGGAAGCUGACUUGAAGAUGAAGAAAUAAAGAUCCAGUGUGGAAAUGUUCCCAAGAGUGUUUCUGGGAUGAAGUGGCAGACUAAGAUUGUUGGUGAGAUUCCCAGUCUGGACUUUUUACUCGAUCGUUAGAUUGACUAACUGUGAUGUGGAUACACUUCUUCCAAGAGACACGUUUGGACAUGGGUCUGUAUAUUUCCAGAUUCCUUUGGGGAAUUUGGGUAAACUCUUCCUAGAAAUAACUGCCGAUCACUUUAACCCCCAUCAAGCUGUGUACAGAACCAGUUCAACCAGUUGGAGCCAUCUUCUCAUUCAAAAAUAAACCAAGAAGAGAGUCCCAGCAUGGGUGUUGUUCUGCACAUGAAGACAAAAGUACUUCCUCACCAUUGGGUAGACACGAUUCUGUUGAACCAACGGUCAAAGAGUCUGAUUAGCUUUCAUGUUUUAUUAAUUUAGUGAUCAGAGGAAGCGUUUGUUGGUAUUCAACUCAUUUCCUGAAACUUUUAGAUCAUUUCACAUAUGGCUGUUUUAGUGUUGGGUUUAUUUUGUUGUUGUGUACUUCUAAGUAUAUUUGUUUGGAGCUAUUUUCAGUGCUUUAGAAAAAAUGUGACAACAGCAGUUUUGGUGGAUCCGGCAGCAGUAUUAACACAAUAAAAAUAUCUCCACAGUUCAAGAA